CGCGCCUCUACGCCGAGACUCGCUACGAGCUACGUCGUAGCAGUUACGGACGCAUAACUUGCAAAAACAAUUUUCCAGUUGUUUUUCGCCGAAAAAUACUGUGUAAAUGUGAACUGUUCUUUGUGAAUAAGUUUAUGUUAUACAAACGUACCUAUUUUGUGUUGUAUAUUACCGCUAUCGUGCUAAUUUUAAGUAAAUACCGGGAUCUAGAGUUAAAAAUUGUGAUAAAUGCUACGUAAACUCCGUAAAGUGUUAGCGUUUCUUGUGUCCACACGAGUGUUUGUUUAAUUCCUCCUUCUUCUUGAGUGAACAGUAAAGAGACUAUUAAAAACUUUCGUACUUAGUGCUAUGUGAACAUAAAAAAAGAUAUGCAGUGAACAAACAGAGUGACGUAAACCAAGUGAAGUGCAAUAACCGAUAGUGCCCUAACUCUUUUAUCAUGCAGAACUAGUGAAACAAUAGUGUCCUAACUCAAAUUUUGUACAUUUUGUGGCAGAUUGUGUAGUGCCAUUGCUUAGUGACAAAAGAUAGUGAUGUCUGCGUGCGUGGUCGAGGAAGGCCGCGAGGAGGGCGGCGGCCCAUGCGUAGACGCGGGCGCGUCUGACGUCACAGUCGAGCGCACGCGCAGGGAGGUUCUGAUGAGCGGUCGCGGGCGGCGCGCGUGCUCCGAGCAAGGGCCGCAUCCUACGAUGCAUUUGCAACACGGCACGGCCCACCUGUGGGGUGCCAACAGCGGCCGCCGGGGUUGGAGUCGCAAGCGCACGUCGGCACCACAGAUGAGCAAUCCACACGGAUCCACGCCGCGCGUCGCGCUCGUGCUGCGCUCGCGCCGAAGCUGGCCGGUCGCGCCGCAGUCCUACCGCAGCGGUGACACAGUGAGCAACCCGCACGGCUCCACGCCUCGGGUCGUGCUUGUGCUGCGCUCGCGCCGAAGCUGGACGGUCGCGCCGCAAUCCUACCGCAGGGAAGACCAAAGAUUAGGCGAGAUUCUAGCAAAUUACCAGUGCGUAGUGCAGUAUCUGCCCUCCUCUAAGAUCCUCUAA